CUUCCCUUUUUUUUAGUCGGCCGAGUCUAGAGCAGCUGUCUGGGAUUUCAUUAAAGGUAAAACCAGACUCCAAACCCGAUGUCAGUCCACGGUGGGAAACGUCGAUUUAUCAUAAUGGAAAUCCCUCUUUUGAGUGCCUGACGGAGACAUUUAAAACGGAAUGCAGUCGGCUCCGGCGGACCAAGGCUAUGGUGACUCGGGGGGUUCAGCCACUGGCUCAGAGGUGCAGGUGUGCUUCCCCUGUGUGCAGGCCUCAGUGCUGGACAGCCUGAAUCAGCAGCGUGAAGAAGGCCAUCUCUGUGAUCUCUCCAUCCACGUUCAGGGCCAGGUGUUCAAGGCCCAUCGGUGUGUGCUGGCUGCAUCGUCACCUUACUUCCACGACCAGGUGCUGCUGAAGAACAUGUCCACUGUCUCCAUUCCAGCCGUCAUGGACCCCCUGGCCUUUGAGAGCGUCCUCAGUUGCGCGUACACCGGCCAGCUGCGAAUGCUUCGUGAAGACAUCAUUAACUACCUCACCGUUGGCAGUGUGCUUCAAAUGUGGCACAUUGUGGACAAAUGCACUGAGCUCCUCAAAGAGAGCAGGGGAGGUUCCAGUGGUACUCAGGGAUCCAGAGAUAAGGAGAGCACAGGGAAGAGCGGCAGCGCCAACAAGGUCUCCCAAGAGGAUGGAGGAGACACACCUUCGACUCCUCAACCUCCCAGCCGACCUUCCUUCAGCGAGAGCCAGUCCCCAAGCAGCACCAAUUACUUCAGUCCUAGAGACGCAAACUUUGGCGGGGCGAUGGUGACCACUGGAGCAGUAGGAGAGGGUGCUACACACUCCACACCGACCUACUGCAUGCCCUCCGGCGGAGAGGAAGGGUUCAUGAUUGAAGAAGAUGAAGAAGAUGACGACGAGCUCUUGUUUCACAGGAAGAGAGACCAAAGAGGCAAGCAGAAGUGUGCAGCCUCUGCAUCCAAUCAGGAGGUCGGGGUGAGCGACAGUUUUGGAGUUUCGUCGUAUCAAGAUGGAGAUUCCUCACCACCCCAGAAGCGGCCAUCGUACAGUCAGCCGAGCAUCAUGCCAAGAAAACAGUGGGUGGUGGUAAAGACGGAGCACCCGAGAGACAACGAUCUGAUCGUGGUGUCCGGAGGAGAGGAAGGAGGGGAGGAUGAAGAGGAACGAGAGAUGGAGAUGGUCAGGGUGAGGGGCAGGACAUUUAACAUAUCAAAUGUUAGGACCCUCUCUGGACUCAGAGAAGAUGCUGAAAUGGAGGCACAGGCUGACUAUUGCCACUCAUCGGAAGACUACCUCAAGUUGCAGAGGGGUUUGAUCGACCAGACGUCCUCUAAACAUCCUCCUGAGAAUCCCAGUCAAUGCUCCAGUAGGGCCGUGUCCUCCCUGCUCGGCUCAGUUCAGUCGACGGCCCCCAGAGCUCAGCUCUUCCCUCUGGACAUGCAGGGAAACCAUAUUGUCCUGUAUAAUCAAGCCGCCCUAGAGUCAACUUCUCCAUUAGGACUCGCAGGAGGCAUGUCCGGGGUGUCUCUAAAAGGGAGCCUCGAACACGGAGCAGUACACUUACCUGGCCAUAGUGCAAUGGGUAGCGGGAUGGAAGGAUUAGAUGGCGGCACAGCUGGAAACUCAGGCAAGGUUUUCAUGUGUCAUUGUGGGAAGACGUUCACGCACAAGAGCAUGCGGGACCGGCACAUCAACAUGCACCUAGACCUGCGGCCUUUCCACUGCCCCGUCUGCGCCAAGAAGUUCAAAAUGAAACAUCACCUCACUGAGCACAUGAAGACCCACACUGGUCUGAAACCCUAUGACUGCCAUGGCUGCGGGAAGAAGUUCAUGUGGCGCGACAGCUUCAUGAGGCAUCGCUCUCAUUGCGAGAGGCGUGGCAGGGCCAAUGGAAGAUCGGGAUCCGAAGGGUCGGUCAUCUCUCCGCCACAUCACAUGAAUCUCUCGUCAGCCAACGAGACCAAUCAAGGUAGCGGUGGUGCCAGAAGUGGGAUCCCCGUUUUGUCUCCGCAACAUUCCAUGAGCAGCAAUGGUGUCUCUUGUCUCAAUAUGGUCGCCUCAGGGCCGCAUGGCAUUGGUUCUGGUGUUCUGGACAUUGGUGGCAAUCGUAGCGGUUGUGUGGAAGAAGUCUGUGAGGGAAAUGUUGAUGAAAGCAGCGUCACAUAAGAAGUUUGCCUCUGAGACCACCAUCCCGCAAAACCAGAACACUUGUCUUUGGUUUUAAGGGACUAUGUGCACAGUUGUCUGAUCCUUUACCUCAUGUUGAUGAGUGCGCCAUACAAGAUGUCCCAUUUGUGUUGGAUAAUAAAAUAAUACCAAUGACCAAA